AUGGCGCUAAAACGUGUUCUUGUAAUUGCUGGUUCAGACAGUUCCGGUGGAGCAGGCCUUGAGGCCGAUCAGCGAACACUUGCUGUUCAUGGCUGUUAUGCUCUCACAGCCACAACGGCGUUAACGGCGCAGAACACACUGGGUGUCCAAGAUAUCCACAUCGUCCCCGUAGACUUUGUGAGGAAACAAAUUGAUGCAGGAUUAGAGGAUGUUGGGGCGGACGUAGUGAAGUUGGGCAUGUUGGCAUCUGCGGAAACGGCUGAGAUGGUGUCUGAAAUUCUGCUGCAUCAUAAGGUCCCUGCAGUCGUCCUUGAUCCAGUUAUGGUUUCUACCAGUGGCUCAAAGCUACUCCCCCCUGAAGCCGCAAAUAUUGUUCGGACGAAACUUCUACCACUGACAACCGUCUUGACCCCAAACAUUCCCGAGGCUGUUUUACUUCUUCAGGAUUCAAGGGAGGAGGUCAAGAAUCCAGAGAAUCUCGAGGACGCCAUUGAACUGACAAAACAGCUACAUACCAUGGGGCCCAAGUAUGUUUUAUUAAAAGGUGGUCAUCUGCCAUUAACUUCCAAUUCCCAGAAGGCCGUAUCGGACCAGCAAUCGUCAAAAGUGGUCGAUAUUUUGUAUGAUGGUGAAGAGGUAACGUUGUUUGAGAAUGAUUUUGUAAAGACUAAGAACACCCAUGGGACUGGCUGCUCGCUUGCUUCUGCGAUUGCAGCGAAUUUAGCCAAAGAUUUGGAUGUGGUGCGUGCUGUCCGUGCGGCAUGCAGGUUUGUUGAGGCGGGUAUCAAGACGAGCGUGGAUAUGGGUAAGGGGAGUGGGCCGAUCAAUCACUUCCAUUCCGUGUAUUCCCUACCCUUUGCACCCGGUCGAUAUCUAGAAUAUGUGCUGGAUCGUCCCGAUGUUCAACGUGUUUGGAAAGCCUUUACGGAACACGAGUUUGUAGCUGGUCUUGGGAAUGGAACACUACCGGUUAACAAGUUCAAGGGAUACUUGAUCCAGGAUUAUCAUUAUUUGGUUCACUUCGCGCGGAGCAAUGCGCUUGCAGCAUCGAAACAUUAUGAUAUGGAGGGGAUAUCUAUGUCUGCGCAAAUCGUGCUUCAUAUUCAGCAUGAAAUGAACCUGCACCUAGAUUAUUGCAAAUCUUUUGGACUAUCAAAGGAAGACAUCGAAAAUUGCAAAGAAAGCCAAGCAGCCUGCGUUGCCUACAGUAGAUACAUUCUCGAUGUGGGCCAAUCAGAGGACUGGCUUGCCCUGCAAGUUGCUUUUUUGCCCUGCCUGAUCGGGUACAGAGACAUUGCCAAACGGUUGCAUUGUGAUGAGUCCAGCGUCCGCACGGGGAACAAAUAUUGGAAGUGGAUAGAAAACUAUGUUGCGGACGAUUAUACGAAGGCUGUAGAGACGGGGUCCGCACUUCUAGAGAAGCGGAUAAGAAACGUGUCUCCUAGCCGGGUGGAGGAAUUAAUCAAGAUAUUCAUUCGGAUUACGGAGCUGGAGAUUUCCUUCUGGGACAUGGGGUUGAAAGGGGAGUAG